AUGAUCAAUGGCUCCAGCAUGGGCCUAUACACUCUUGAUAUCGUCUAUGAAGACCUCCCAGUGGUGGGAAUCACAUCUGCUAAGGCGAGUGGGGAGAAUGGCGCCUCGAGUCCUCAGCGAUCUCGAGCACGACAAGGGCGAGCGACUCGGAAGGCUAACAAGUUGUUGUCGUCGUAUUGUGUUGGAGAUCUGUUCGAAAGCGACGCGGAUAUCGUACAGAUGCGUAAGGUCUUCACUGAAGAGUUUUUUGACAAGUUCCGAAUGGCACUAAGGAACUAUGAGUCGGGCGAGUGGGAGGUGGCGUACUCUAUGUUCAACAUUACCGAGCAGAUGCUUGCCUCGGAAGGGUAUGUUGACGGGCCUAGUGCCUCAUUGAAGAGGUACAUGAAGCGGUAUGAUAAGAAGGCCCCUGCUACGUGGAGUGGUGCUAGGGAGCUUCCAUGA